UUCAGCUCUCUCUAUAGCUGAGAAUCCUGUGUACCGCUUUUUCUUGGUAAAUUCCUGUAGUGAGAAUCUUGGAUGACGAUAUAUCCUUUUUGGGUCUGCAGAAAAGUUGUAAAGAUUGGAUCUUUUUAAGCUCUUAAUUAUUGUUUCUGUGGAAUUUCCCUCUGCAGAUCACGUUAACUCGCAUUUCACUAUUUCUCCCUCUCUUUUUUUUUUAGAAGUUUUAAAGUAGUAAUAUUCAAGAAGCGAGUAAUAAAUUUUUUUAGCUUUAGGAGAUUGUUAUCAUCUCUAUAUCUCUCUGACCUGAACAAGAAAAAGCACAAGCUCAGGUGAAUUUCAGCUAAUCCCAUGGUUUUCUAAGCCAUACAGUUGUUUACUGUUUCUGGGAUUAUUGUUAAUCUUGAGACUGAAACUGUAUUAUUAGCUGGUAGAAUGAGAAAAGAGGAAAAGGAAGAAGGAAAGGUUAUCGAAAGGGAAGAAAAUAUGGAAGAAGUGAGAAGUGAGGAAGAAAAUGCGAAGAGAAUUCCUCCAUGGACUAAACAAAUAACAGUUCGAGGAAUUGUAGCAAGUUUGUUGAUUGGAAUCAUUUACAGUGUGAUAGUAAUGAAGUUGAAUCUCACUACUGGACUAGUCCCAAAUCUCAAUGUCUCAGCUGCUCUUCUUGCUUAUGUAUUCAUUCAAACAUGGACUAAGCUUCUUAAAAAGGCCAAUAUUGUUUCAACUCCGUUCACUAGACAGGAAAAUACCAUUAUUCAGACAUGUGCAGUUGCAUGCUAUAGUAUUGCCGUUGGAGGUGGUUUUGGAUCUUAUCUUUUGGGAUUGAACAAGAAGACAUAUGAGCGGGCAGGGGCUGAAACAGAAGGCAAUAUACCAGGGAGCUACAAGGAACCCGAGCUUGAUUGGAUGAUUGGUUUCCUGUUUGUUGUUAGCUUUGUUGGUCUGUUAGCCUUAGUUCCUCUUAGAAAGAUUAUGAUACUUGACUAUAAAUUACCUUAUCCCAGUGGAACUGCAACUGCUGUUCUUAUUAAUGGAUUUCAUACACCUAAGGGGGACAAAAUGGCCAAGAAACAGGUCAAUGGAUUCCUGAGAUUCUUCUCAAUAAGUUUCAUCUGGAGUUUCUUUCAAUGGUUUUACUCUGGUGGAGAUCAAUGCGGAUUUGUGAACUUCCCCACCUUUGGAUUGAAAGCUUGGAAACAGACAUUUUAUUUUGAUUUCAGCAUGACUUAUGUUGGAGCUGGAAUGAUUUGUUCACACCUUGUGAACUUGUCUUUGCUUCUUGGAGCUGUUCUGUCUUGGGGAAUUAUGUGGCCUCUAAUUAGUGAUCGCAAAGGAGCUUGGUUCCCGGCCACCUUACCGGAGAACAGCAUGAGGAGCCUCAAUGGAUACAAGGUUUUUAUCUCCAUCGCUCUCAUCCUGGGAGAUGGCCUUUACAAUUUUCUCAAAACACUUUUUUUCACUGGUAGAAGCAUAUAUGCUGCACUGAACAAAAAGAACCCCGUGUCAUUUUCAGAUAGCAAGAAUCAGCCGGUUGAUGACCUUCAGAGAAACGAAAUAUUCAUUAGAGAGAGCAUUCCCUUAUGGGUAGCUUGUGUUGGGUACAUGGUUUUCUCUGUUAUCUCCAUCAUUUUAAUCCCACUUAUGUUCCCUGCACUGAAGUGGUACUAUGUGCUCGUCGCAUACAUUCUUGCACCAUCUUUGAGCUUCUGCAAUGCCUAUGGUGCUGGUCUAACUGACAUGAACAUGGCAUACAAUUAUGGCAAAGUGGCUCUCUUUGUGCUUGCUGCAUUAUCUGGUAAAGACAAUGGUGUAGUCGCUGGACUUAUUGGAUGUGGACUGAUCAAGUCCAUUGUAUCUAUAUCCUCUGACCUCAUGCAUGAUUUCAAAACAGGCCACCUAACCCUGACUUCCCCUCGUUCGAUGCUUCUUAGCCAAGGAAUCGGGACUGCUAUCGGUUGUGUGGUAGCACCUCUCACGUUUUUCCUCUUCUACAAAGCUUUUGAUGUAGGGAAUCCUGAUGGGGAGUACAAAGCUCCUUAUGCCUUAAUCUACAGGAACAUGGCAAUCUUAGGUGUUGAAGGCUUCUCUGCUCUGCCCCAACAUUGCUUGCAGCUCUGUUAUGGUUUCUUCGCCUUUGCUAUACUUGCCAAUUUAGUGAGAGACGUCGCCCCUAAAAGCAUUGGCAAAUGGGUUCCUCUCCCAAUGGCUAUGGCCGUUCCUUUCCUCGUUGGAGCGAGCUUUGCAAUUGAUAUGUGUGUGGGCAGUUUGGUUGUAUACCUAUGGCACAAGGUCAACAGCAACAAGGCCAGUUUAAUGGUUCCUGCUGUUGCUUCAGGGUUGAUUUGUGGCGACGGAUUAUGGAUUCUUCCAUCAUCAAUACUUGCUUUAGCCAAAGUUAAUCCUCCUAUUUGCAUGAAUUUUUUGGCAACAAAGAUCUCAUGAAAUUUUCUCAUGCCUGAAACAAACAUGUUUGGCGCUUGCUGAAGAGUAAUACAAGUAUAUAGAAAUGCCAUAGUUAGCAGACUACUUUGAGAAUGUGACUAAUAGAAGAGUUUUGUCACAAUUGGGAAGAAUGACUAGUUAAUUUAAUUUGGUAUAGAAAGAAUAUGGAAUAAAUACAUUCAGCCUUGGUAGACACACAGCAGCUUAAAAUGUAAUUUGACCCUUAGAGGUAGCGAGGGAAGGGAAUGUAUUCUUAAGUGUAUGGAGCUAUAGUUUUUUAUCUGAUAAAUAAAAUUUGGGACAACAGAUCCGCAUCUUUACCAAA